UAUGAUACUAUGAGCCAUUUGAAAUAAGCGUCUGGUGUGGGGGGUGUGGUCAGAUGAUCAAGCCCUAAUGCUUUCCCAAAACAAACACAAUUGAGCAACUUUCAAAUCAAAACUAUACCUGAAAUAUUUGUUUUUUGGUCCAAAUUUUAGAAACACCGAAACAAACUCACGAAUGUCUCCGUAUCCUGCAGAGCGAAUUUCUCACUGCGUGCUGAGAAAAGCUUGUUUCCUGGUGGUAGGCAUACUUAUUUAACAUGAGAGUGUUUGGCGAAUGAGGCUCAUAUCCAUAUUAAAAAAAAAGAGGAAGGAGGAGGAGGAAGAGAGCCACUGGCACAAUUUCGGGCUUUCGAUCAAAAUGUCAACUGAAUUUUGGGGGAAACUAAACAAUAUAUUUUCAUCCAACGUGCUUAUUGCUUCUCUUAUUAUUUUGGUCUAUUUUUACUUUUAAACUAGCGCAUAGCAAUACUAUUUGGGAGUGAUAUUAAAACGGAUCCAAGAUUACCUUUGAGUUGGGCACUUUGAUGAGUUUGUCGCAUCGUUGCUGAGCAGGAUAAAGGCAAUACAAGCGAGCGGCGACCAAGCCAGGGGGGCGGUACUUCUGGGGUCACUCACCCCCACCUGGAUGAGAGAGAGUCGCCUCACCUGCGGCGGGGGCAGCAGCACCAAAAGAAAGCGGGACGCCCGUUAGAGCGGACAUUUCGUUUCCCCCUCACCUCCCCCACAAACUUGAAGCAAUUUCCAUUUAAAGACAAUCUUAUUGAUCUCGUGCCUAGUCGGAUUUUCGCUGGACCUUUCAACUGUAAUUGACUUUUUACGGACUGUUUAAAAAAAUAACGUUUUCGAAUGGUCUUCACAGCCCUCAGCGAGAGGAAGAGAGUGCGUAACUAUGUGUACGGAUUGACCGCCCCCACCCUACAUUUAGUAUUUCUCAAAACUUUUUUUUCUUUCUCCUUCAGGACAACGAUGCAGCUCCGCAGGGUUGUAUUUUUUUCGCUGAUCUGUCUACAGUGCUUUGCUGCAGACGGUCCAUCAGGUUGUGUGGGAGAUGAGUGCAACAAAGGUCAGCCCUCGCCAUUCCCUCUUGUUUCCCCCACUGAGGUCAAAUCCCAGCAGCCCUCUCAGGAUUUCCUUGAUCAGUUUGCCCACGUUAACUUUCCAAACAACGGGGACCGUAAACACCGUGAUGCCAAUGCUGUCAUGCCCUUCAUCGGUCUCACAAACACUGCUGAACAGAGCCGAAGCUGCUGUAAGAAUGGAGGGACCUGUAUUCUGGGCAGCUUCUGCGCAUGUCCCCCUUUCUUUACUGGUCGGAGUUGUGAGUACAACCAGCGCAUCAGGCACUGCGGACUGAUUCCACAUGGUGAAUGGGCGCGGAAGGGCUGCUCUUACUGUCGUUGUGGUUACGGUUUUCUGCACUGCUUCCCUCAUGUCUUCCAUAAAAACUGUGAUGACUCAGAGGAGGUGCAGUGGUAUCAUUCCUCCGCAGUUCGGACACUUCAGGACAGCUGUGUACUGGCACUGCUUCUAGCACUGAGUCUCUUCCUAUGAUACAAAUAUUGUAUAUUUUUAACGCGUAGACAUCUCUGAAGUUAUUCUGAGCUUCAAAUGUGCUGAUAAAAAUAUUUAUUUUAUUCAAGUGAAAUGUUUUAAAAACAGAAGAUAAAAAUAUCUCUGGGGAAAAAAAAUGAAAGAUAGAUGUUGUUCCUGAUGAGCGAACUCUUUUAAACCCUGAUGAGUACCCGUAAAGUUCAACAACUGCUGUACUUUAUAGCCGAAAGAAAUGCUCGAUGAUGCCAAAAGCCUUUUUCAGAAAUUAAGUCCGUGUAAUGACAUCAAACAAGAUCCAUUAUGUUAUGCAAAAUUUCUGUUGUGAACUGAAAUGAAUCAUCCAUGAGUUAUUUAAAUUUUUCUCACCAUACACCACCUAAAUUUGUGUGCGUUGAUGUGUCUUGCAGACAGCUGUACAUGGACACUAAUGGAAAUUCUGAAAAUGUGUGCAUUUGUAUUUUUAGGCUACUUUUUUUCAUAAAAAAGUGAUGCCAUUUGUUUCUUUUUUAACUGAACUUUGUGUCUUCUGUUUGCACAAGUGAUGAGUCAAUGUGACACUUUAUCCAGGGAGGAUAACAGGGUAUAAACUUGUAUGCACUGUUUAUUAAACUUGUUACAAAAAUGUGUUUUGUAUAGCUAUUGUGUGUAAGUGUAUAUACGAGAGUGAGAGAAUACAUACAGUAAAUGUGUACAUAGUAUGCACAUUUUUUUACAUUGUGACAGACAGUAUCAACAUGCUCU